AACGGAGUACCGGACACUAACGGUUCCUCACGGUAACUGUACACCCAGCUGCUAGCAGAGAGGACUAUGAGGGUGGCAGCUACCUUCACUCAACAGAGCUUUAACUUGGGCAGGUAGGAACGAAGAAUUUCACUCGGAUCAGACAGGAUGAGGACCUGGACCGCGCUCUUGUUAUGGGCAUGGGCGGCCCAUACUGCGGACGCCAUGGCACUUUUUAAAAGGAGAGGCGGAAAGAAGGACGUAUCGUGGGGAGAGAAGGAUGAGACUCUUUUAAAGCGUUCUAAGAGAGGAUGGAUGUGGAAGCAGUUCUUUCUGCAGGAGGAGUUCACCGGAACAGAGUAUCAGUACAUCGGCAAGCUUCACUCCGAUGUGGAUCGAGGCGACGGCUCGGUGAUGUACGUCCUGACGGGCGAAGGUGCCGGGACCAUCUUCGUGAUAGAUCCGAACUCGGGCGAUCUGCACGCCACGCGGAGCCUAGACCGAGAAGAGAAGCCGUAUUACAGCCUCAGAGCCCAGGCCGUCAGCAAGAAGAACGGUGUACCCCUCGAACCCGAGACAGAAUUCAUCGUCAAGCUUCACGACAUCAACGACAACGAGCCCAAGUUUGAAAAGGAGUUAUACCUGGCCAGCAUCCCCGAAAGAUCACACGUCGGUACCUCAGUUAUCCAAGUCAAAGCCCACGACGCAGAUGAUGAGAUGUUCGGUCUAAGUGCUAAACUGGUCUACAGCAUUAGCCAGGGUCACCCAUACUUCUCAGUGGAGUCCAACACAGGCGUUAUCCGGACAGCCCUGGGGCCAGCAGACCUGGACAGGGAGCAGAGGGAGCAUUACCAGGUUGUGAUAGAAGCCAAAGACAUGGCUGGCCAAAGAGGAGGCUUAAUGGGUUCGACCGUGGUUAACAUCACCCUGACGGACGUCAACGACAAUCCUCCUCAGUUUAAACAGAGCGUUUAUCAGUUCAGCGUUCCUGAACUCAGCAGGCCCGGAGCGGAGGUGGGCCGGGUCCAAGCCUCAGAUGCAGACAUCGGCUCAAACGCGGAGAUGGACUUCACCGUGGUGGGUGGAGACGGCAUGGAGAUGUUCGAUAUAACAGCUGACAAAAACACCCAGGAAGGCAUACUCGCCGUCAGAAAGCCUCUCGAUUAUGAAAAAAAGAAGUCGUACUUGCUGCAGGUUCAGGUGCGCAACACCCACCCGGAUUCACGCUACGUUAGCGUGGACGCCAGAGACCUCGCCACGGUCCGCGUCAACGUGGAGGACGUGGACGAGCCCCCGAAAUUCGAGCGCCCCAGCUACGUGUCGGAGGUUAAAGAGGACGCGGCUCUCGGCACCGUGAUCGGGUCGGUCAGCGCGGUGGACCAGGACGUCCACCGCAGCCCGGUCAAGUACACGAUCGAUCGGCACACGGACGUGGACCGGUUCUUUAACGUGCACGCUGGCAACGGCUCUAUAUUUCUGCAGAAGCCUCUCGACCGCGAGGAUCUCGCCUGGCAUAACAUCUCCGUCAUCGCAGCAGAGUUCAAUAACCCCCAGCAGACGAGUCGAGUCCCGGUGUACAUUCGAGUGCUGGACGUAAACGAUAACCCGCCCGCGUUGGCGUCCUUCUACGAGACCUUCGUGUGUGAAAACGCCAAAGCCGGUCAGAAAAUACAAACGAUAGCGGCGGUGGAUGCAGACCAGCCUCUUGCCGGGCACCGCUUCUUCUUCACCUUGGCAGAAGAAAGCUCUGUGAAAGCCAACUUCUCAGUGCGGGACAAUGGAGAUAACACCGCCGGCGUCUAUACGCGCCGAGCCGGCUUCAGGCGCUCGCAGAAGAGCACGCACCCGGUGGCCGUGGUCAUCUCGGACGGCGACUUCCCCGUGCAGAGCAGCACGGGGACGCUGACGGUGCGCGUGUGCACCUGCGACCGCGACGGCAACAUGGAAUGUGACGCCGAAGCACUGAGCGGCUCGGCCGGACUCAGCACGGGGGCGCUGGUGGCCAUCCUGCUCUGCGUCCUCAUCCUGCUCCUGAUCGUGGUGCUGUUCGCCGCUCUGAAGCGCCAGAAGAAAAAGGAGCCCCUGAUCAUCUCCAAAGAGGACGUCCGGGACAACGUGGUGAGCUACAACGACGAGGGCGGCGGCGAGGAGGACACGCAGGCCUUCGACAUCGGAGCGCUGCGCCACCCGGAGGUCAUGGAGGAGAGCGGCAAGCCGAGGCGCGACGUCGUUCCCUCCGACCUGUCCUACGCGCCCCCUGCUCUGCUCCGGCCUGCCGCCGGCGGGCGGGACAACUCCGACGUCCGGAACUUCAUCUCGCAGCGGGUGCAGGAACACGACGGCAGCCCCACAGCGCCACCCUAUGACUCGCUGGCUACGUACGCGUACGAGGGCGAGGGGUCGGUCGCCGAGUCCCUCAGCUCUUUGGGGUCCGGCUCGUCCGGUUCGGCGCACGAUUACAGCUACCUGACCGAGUGGGGGCCGCGGUUCAGAAAGCUCGCCGACAUGUACGGCACCGAUGAGUGGGACUCCUAAUGCGGUUCGGUCACGUACGAGCUGGACUUCCUACAAAGUGCCCUUCUCCUGUGGACUAUAGGCAUGCGUACUUACGAUGCCGUACUUACACCGUCUGCUGUCGGCGUCUUUCACACAUCACACGAGAAUGAAAAUAUCGUACCAGGGCGUAUUUUUCGGAUUGUCCCCCCACUAUAUUUCGGAAUACGGAUCGUUUCACCUCCCCCCGACAGGACCAGCACUCAAAUCUUAAUCACUUAAAACGUUUAAAGCGCAGACUGGAGAGCCAGGACCAAACCUUCCCAACGUCUGUGAAUGUGUGCGGCACUGAAGUGAGAACUCGGGCCGCGUGCCAGGCAGCUCCCAAACCCGACGCCCUCCGAACGAGUGUUAAAAACUCGAACCCGCUGCCUGGCUGCCAGUCGUCUGUUUGUUUCUCCGCGUAUUACGAACCGGCCGCGUUCGUCUGUCGGUGGAGCGCCGCGUUAAGAAUCCGAAGGGGAAGCGCGUUUGACGAUUGGCACCGACUUUCAUCAUUCACCGGAGAACUCGCCCGGAGCUUCCAAUUAUCGGCUCUUUCGUGGGCAGGAAAUGUGAUUUCCUGGGAUUUUUGUCGCAUUUUGCCACGUUUGCGUGAACUCCACCCCGUUCCGCCAUUCUCACACACAGAGAAUAUUUACAAAUUCGUCUGGAAAUUUUAAUUCUGUGCAUUACCCUGACUUCAUCGAGACUCUGUAAGAGAACCCGGACAUGACAUGACAUGACAACACGUUCAUUGCUACCGAUCAUGAAAUACGUUGCAGUGUUUUCUAAGCAGGGUGGCUGUGGAGUGCUGUUAUUAACGCCGGGUUUGUUUUUUUUAUACUGGUUGUAUUUUUAAGUGUACCCGUGUACUCAAAAACGAUGCAAAAAUAAUAAUUAAGAAAGCAUACGCAUAUACAUCGACCAGGCAUAACAUUAUGAGCACUGACAGGUGAAGUGAAUGACACUGAUCAUCUCUUCAUCACGGCACCUGUUAGUAGGUGAACAUUUUAUCCUCAGAGUUGAUGUUAGAAGCAGGACAAAUGGGCGAUGAGGAGCAUCUCCAAAACUGCAGCUCUUGUGGCGUGUUCCUGGUCUGCAGUGGUCAGUAUCUAUCAACAGUGCUCCAAGGAAGGAACAGUGGCUCAUUGAUGCACGUGAGGGAGCGAAGGCCGGCCCGUGUGGUGCGAUCCAACAGACGAGCUGCUGUAGCUCAAACUGCUGAUGAAGUUCAUGCUGGUUCUGAUAGAAAGGUGUCAGAAUACACAGGGCAUCACAGUUGCUGGGCUGUUUUGGCAGCAAAAGGAGGACCGACACAAUAUUAGGGAGGUGGUCAUGAUGUUAUGCCUGACCGGUGUAUAAAAUAUAUGGGAAAAAAUAACUAUAAAUAUGAUGUGGGUCUUUUAUCAUGCUUUAAAGGGGAUGCUCGAGUAAAACCUGUGUGGACAAUAGUGGGUCAUCGUAUUCCCAUUAUAUUUUGCAAAGGUGAUAAAAAACUUCAAAAUGAAGCAUAGAAAAAAUGUUAAAUAUAAUAAUUUCACAGAAUAAAGAAAUGUAUGAAGGCAUUCACUCUUUUAAAAUGGAUUUCUACAGGAUUUUGGCAGGUGUCUGUGGAAAUGUGUCUCCAUUUAGACUGAACAGCAUUCGUGAGCUCACGAACAGACGCUCCAAUUCAUUCCACCGUGCAGGACGCUGACGUUCCUCCUGACCCUUCAGCCACAGUCACGCUAGAAAAGAAAGAGGGGUAGAGCUCGGCGUCCGUGUCAUUCUGGUCGUGUAGUGUUUCAGGUGGUUGGUACCUCUGAUGCUGUUUCAAAUUCGUCCAAACUCUAAGUGAUUGAUAAUAAAUGAUGCAGAUAAAGAAUCCACACCCCCCACUUCAGAAAUGACCUAAUUCGUCCACCAGUUCGAGCAUCCGAGUCUCGGAGGCACCGUGGGCCCAGCCGGGCGCUCUACAAACACAAUUAUCUGUGUCUGAGAGAAGAAAGGUCAGAUAGAGCUACUCAUUAUCGGAGAUGCAAAACGUGACCUAUGCUGCACCGGCAGGAGUAACGGAGGAACAUCCUCUGUGUGCCGAUCCUCUCUCUGUGGGAAUUUACUGAUUACUGGGGGGGAAAAGAAGAAACCAGUGACUUUACACGUAUCACAGAUGACAGGUGCUAGUCUGUGGCCUUUUAUAAUAGGGUUUAUAAUCGGGAAAUGGCUCAAUUUGGAGAAAAGGUUCAUAAACACAGAUUUAAUCACCAUUGCAGUAGGAUAGAUGACUGGAAUAUGGUGCUCCAUUAUUUUUUCCUUCAGCUGCUUCCGUAUUCAGCUGGUCUGGUCCGAAUACCAGACUCCUAUUUGUAUUUGCUUGGGACCUGCACUGAGAGUGCACUGAUUAGUGUUCCUCCUAAUGGCUUUGCUGUCUCUAAUCCCCCCUUCCUCUUUUCCGUCCCAGACGUUAUCCAGUCAUGUCCAUGUCCAUGAAGAUAACUGACCGGUCGAUAACACCGCUGACAUUCCGAUCCCCAGAUCUGAGCAGUAGUGGGCAAGCAUUGCCCGAGCACCCAAUGGCAUUCCAUUACAGUAUUUUAUAGUUGUAUUUUUUUUUUAAGCGAUUGUUGCUGCACUAUUAAGGAAGGGAAAAGUAAUCUUAAAUAAAUGUCCUGUGAUUUCCAACAAAACAUCCAAAUCAAUGAGCGUAAUCUGCAGGAACGAGCUGAUCCCCGUGACCCCCGCGCUCUGAAGAGAAACCACGGCCUGCAUUCAUCAGUAACACGGGGCCGCAUGAUUCAUCCCCACGCCGGAUGAUAAUCGCAGCGGUCGGUCGUUGAGUUAUGGCUGGGAUGCUGAAAUAAAUCACCGCCCUCUCGCUCUGCCCUCCGCGCCAGCCUCAAAAUGAGUCUGGAAUUGCAUUCGCCGCCUCGGCUAUCGAGAGGAUAAAAGGGGCGAUUUAAAAAAAAUAUACGUAUGAUUGUGUUCGACUCUGAGAAGCGGAAGGGCAGGUAAAUAUUUGCGGUUCGGGCGGGCACGCUGCACCCGGGGUUCAGCCGCGGCGUCCGCGUGCUCCGUCGGUCAAAUACUGUAAAAUAAAAUUGAUGCUAACUCAUGUUGUGCAAACUGUGGUUGUUUGGAACAGUGCGUCGUGGCGGUGGAAGAGUCGGUGAUGUUCAUGAUGUACUUUGCUUUAAAACUUGUGAUCUUUUGUACCAAAUAUUUAUAUGAAAUAAAACAGCGAGUAAAUAUUGCUGAAUCGUUCACCGCCGCCGGUAUUAUCGUUUUAAAUGUGUGUUGGAGGUGUGAAACCUUGGACUCCUUGCAUUUCAUGCAGUGUACAGAUGGAUCCUCUUAAUACAAUAAAUGUUCUCUUUUACAGAA